AAAAUCUGAAAAUUACUCCUUAUACUAGUUUUGGCCUACUACUUUUGAUUACUAUUAAGUAUGUACUAUUUAGGUACUACUUGACUACGACUGAUAGGUACUACUUUGAAUCUAAUUAUCACUCAUUCGUGCGAGUGGCGCGAAAAAAAAAUCUUAAAAAAACGAAGUACCUAUAGGGAAAGUCCAACACGGAUGAAAUAUAUAAAUAAAUAAAUCGUAAAGGGACGUAGUUGAAAAGGAAAGUAACGCUGUCAUCUGUCAGCCAUACGAAUUCAUAAGUUUGACUUUUUUGUGUCAGUCUUGAAUAUACAGGGAUUUCCUCUUACAUUAAUUUAGAUAUUUAGCGCUUGUAGUCUUGAGAUCCUGUAUCAACUUUAAAGUUCCUGAGGUUCCAGUGACGCCGCCACUACCACCUUUGCACCACUUUCUUCAUUUUAUAACGGUCCAAUGCUAAGCGCUUCUUCUGGAACGCAGUCGUAUUAACAAAGUAGCGGCAUAGUAGAAACAAAUGAGUACAUACGCUGACUUUAUACAUAGGCAUAGAUAGGCACCGCAAACGGUUUGUAUGUGAGCGCGCCCGUACCUAUGCGUCGUCGCACGCACAACACUGACAAAAUUUAUCGGUGAUAUCGGUGCGCCAGUCAUGCGACUCAUGCGUGGCUACGAGACGCACCCCGCGCCGCCCGCCGGCCACGCGUACAUACGUAAUUUGCAUUUAUUAAGGUAAUAUAGCCCGCGCCCGCCACACGCACGCUCCGCUGCUGCGCUGCCGCUCGCGACGUUAGUGUGUCUGUGUAUAUUGGCGAGCAGAGCCAUUUUUUGACAGUUAUAGUACGUUAUAGUGAGUUGUAGUUGAAAUACAGUACAUAAAUUAUGUCAUUAUAAAUUAUCAACUCAUCUAAAGCUCAUAAUUGAAAGUUACAUAAACGUAAAUGAUAAUUAUACAUAGGUAAUAAGUGUAAGAAUUUCCAAAAGUAUCGAGUAUUACGUUGGUGUGAUUUGACAAAAAUGUUAGUUUUGAUUAUAACACUAAGAAAACUUUGUGAAGAAUUUCGAAGUACUAUCCGGUUUUAAUGCUAUUAGGACACGACCUUUUUGAAUGGAGCGUCACUCAUGCAUACAGCGUGUGUACAGACACGGCGCGCGCGGAGCAUAACAUGAAACCUGCCCCCUGAUUCACGAACCGUCGGAAACGCUCCCGACAGCGGAAUGUAUGCCCUGUCUCUGUCACUCAUUAUAGAAUAGACAAAAACAAAGCACAGAAUUCGAAUCCGAUUCCGUUUCCGACGGUUCGUGAAUCAGGGGCUGAAGCCCUACUCUAAUUCUUUCACUCAAUUCUAUCAUGCCCGGAGAGUAAGAGGGACAGGUAUAAUAGCAUUUGAACCGGGUAGUACUAUAAGUGUGUUGUGUAGGUAUUAUACUUUUUGUUUUACUUACUUUUUAUAUUUUUCAGAAAAACAUGCCAUUUAAAAUCAUAGAGACGUUAGAGAAAGGACAAAAAAAGCUUUGUAUAAUCCCAAGUUCAUGGGAAUCAAAAGGAGUCUUACGGUGGCCUAGAAAAAGAUUGGAUGUUAACAAAUUAGUGAGAAACGAAAACUCCAUACCCCUUAAUAACUGGUCUGCGUCAAAAUGUAAUGUAAAAAGGAUAUUAUCAUCAUACGAAGAAGCAGCCAGAGAACUAGAUAUUAUGGUUCAAAAUAGCGACACAGAGAUUGAUAAUGUGACAGAAAGUAACAUAACAACAAUUAAUAACACCAAUUUUAACGCCUUAGCAGGCCAGUUGUUGGCAUUCUCACAAUCAGAGGAACCUUCAACUUCAUCUGUCGUAACAAUGUCCACACCAUUACCUCCGGCUGAAGUAACUGCUGCUACCGAGAAUGUUGUUUAUUAUGUAGAUGAGUCUGAGUUGGCAUCAAUAUCAGUCGACAAUCAAACUCAGAAAACUACCGAAUUAAAUCAGAUUCAAAAAAGCCUCCAAUUAAUUUUAAACAAUCAAAAUAAUAUGUCUGACACUAUAAAGGUACUGAUAGACAACCAAAAAAAACUUUUUCAUAAAGUGGCAAGUCUUUCCAUUCAAAUAGAAGAUGGAUUUUCCAAAACCCAAAAUAAAAUGAGUACAGAUGUCGUUCCAUUGGCCAAGGCAGAUUUAUUCGAGAGGGAAACAUUCGAAAUAAAACCAAUCGACUCCAUACGAGAACUAGAAAAAAUGGAAUUGUUACUCUCUGAUAAAACUCAAAAAAAUAAAUUAUUAAAGCAAUUUUCUUUUGUUUGCUCAAGUUCUGAAGGAAAUGGAGCAACAUGCGGUUAUAAAGUAUUGGAUAUGUUUUUUUCCCGAGACUUUCUCUGUAAAUGCUCAUGGACAGGUGGCAGUAGGAAUAGUGAAGAUGUAAAAAUUGGUUUGAAAGGAUAUAAAAACAUCCUGAAAUAUUUCUAUGAGUUGAUACGUUUGUGGGAUAAAACAUAUACCGAAGAAAAUAAUGAAAACUUUUUUAAAAUUGUUUUAAAAAAUUCUUUAAAGAGGAAGCUCAGUAAAAAUGAAAGAGCUUCAACAAAACGAAGACGAACAAAAAAAGUAACACAAGAAAAUAAAGGUCUAACUAAAAAUAAAUCAGAUCAAGGAAAAAAGUCAUUGACCAAAAUAAAACUGAUGAAAAUGAAAAAGAUGUAAUAGACAAUAACGGAACGAAAAAAGUUGCACUACAAUCUAAAAAAUUAAAAUCAGAUCAUGAAAAUCAAGUCAGGAACCAAAAUAAAGCUGAUGGAAAAGAAAAAAAAGAAAAGAACAAAGAUGAAACUAAAAAGACGAUACUGAAAAAGAAAAAUUUGACAAACAACAAAUCGGAUCAAGUCAUGAACCAAAUUGAAACUGAUGAUAAGAAAAAAGAUGUUAUUAAGAACGAUGAAUUAAACCAAAUUAUGAAUCAAAAUAAAGUUGAAAAUGAAAAAAAUGUAAACGACAAAGAGGAAAUGGGUGCAAGUGAUGCCGACGACGAAGACGAAAUAAACGAAGAUGACGAUAACGAAAAGGAAGAUGGAGAUAUCGAAGAAUAAGAAGUAGUUAUCGAAGAAGAUAGCCAUGUCUUACUUUGGUUGUCCAUAAGAUAUUUAUAAUUUAGCGAAACACGAAAUCUCGUGGCUGUGAUCGUCUUUAAGAUUUACUUAUAUUUAAGCAAAACACGAAUGCUUGUAACUUUGAUCCUCCUUAAGAUUUUACUUAGGUAUCUUAUAAUUUAAGCGAAACACGAAAUCUCGCGGCUGUAAUUGUCCUUAAGACAAAACUUAUAAUUAAACGAUACACGCAA